AUGGAUUACCCCCUGUGUGAAAAAUUUAAUGUAGUAAUUCAACAUUAUCCUGAUGAAUCAAAGAUUGGUGAUGGAAGUAAUUUUGAUAAUAUAACGAAUGUUGCUAGAUACUGCCGUGAUGAAGAAUCAGGGGAAACAGAAUGUAAGACUGAACUCGAUAAAAUAAAUGCUGUAUGCUUAUGGUUACUCAAUGAAAAUAUUGCUAAAGGGAUUGAUGAUUUAAGUAAUGACCAGGUUGAAUCGUUUAUUAUAUACAUUAUGAUAUGGUUAAAUUAUAAGUUAAACCUAAAGAAAGAUGAAGGAACCAACCUAAAUGAUUUUUAUACUAAUAUAGAAAAAAAUGAGAAUUAUACUAAUUGUACAAAUGGUGAUGAUGAUUGUAGUAAUAAAUUAAAAAAAAAAACGGGAUAUAAUAAUUUUAAGGAAAUCAUAGUUAAAAAUAUGGAUUUGUUGAACAUUCAUUUUGAAGAUAUAUCUAAAUUUUUUGAAGCAUUUAAAUUAUUAUGUAAAAUGCAUGAUGAAUUUAAUGAAAAAACUCUAGAAUGCUCGAAAUAUUUGGGAUAUGCAAAUGACAUUGUUGGCAAAUUUAAAAAACUUAAUGAAAAUUCUAGUGCUACUAGAAACAGUUCAUAUAGUCAAAUAUGGUCUACUUUAUCAACUGAUUAUGAUAGUUUUAAAAAGGACUAUGAUGAUAAUAGUUGUAUGGGUAUUCCAUCGAUUCCAACGAUAAAAAUAAAACAAAAUCACGUACAAAGUUAUGAAGAUCAUUCUGAACAUGAUUCUGUACAAAAUUCUGGUGUUACAUCAUCAAGCUUGUCGAUAGUAAAAAAAUUAAUUCUAGCUUUAUCAAUAUUCAGUGCAAUGACAAUCUUUUUGGGAAUUUUUUAUAAGUGUUCGUUAUUUAUAUUACGGAAACGAUCUCAAAAACAACAUUUAAGAGAAAAGCUAAAAAAUAUAAAGAAGAGAAUGAACCAUUAA